CAGUAUGAGUUUUGCCAGCUUAGCUUUUCAGACACAGCAUCAUCGCCCCAAAUCCCAUUCACCUGUCUUUUCUCUUCUCUUCUCUUCUCUUCUGUCCUGUCUCAACACCCAAAUCUGAAGGCAAAGCCAUGUCGGACGACGAAGGCACUGGAGAAGACUACCUUUUCAAGAUUGUAAUAAUCGGGGACUCAGCCGUUGGCAAAUCCAACCUCCUUUCCCGCUAUGCCCGAAACGAAUUCAGCCCACAUUCCAAAGCCACCAUUGGAGUCGAGUUCCAGACCCAAACCAUGGAAAUCAAUGGAAAAGAGGUUAAAGCUCAGAUUUGGGACACUGCUGGUCAAGAAAGGUUCCGUGCCGUCACUUCUGCUUAUUACAGAGGCGCUGCUGGUGCUCUUAUUGUUUAUGAUAUUAGCCGCCGCACCACCUUUGACAGUGUCGGCCGGUGGCUCGAUGAACUCAAGACUCAUUCCGAUACGACUGUAGCAAGGAUAUUGGUCGGCAAUAAAUGUGACUUGGAAACUAUCAGGGAUGUGAGUGUUGAAGAAGGUAAAAGCCUUGCUGAAGCAGAAGGGUUGUUUUUCAUGGAAACAUCGGCUUUAGAUUCAACAAAUGUCAACAAGGCUUUCGAGUUAGUUAUACGAGAAAUUUACAACAAUGUCAGCAGGAAGGUCCUGAAUUCGGAUACUCAAAAAGCUGAAUUAACCGUAAACCGGGUAACCCUUACCGAAACCGAUGGAUCGAAGAAAACCCAAAAUUUUUCUUGCUGUUCCAGGUGAUCUUGUACGUUGGAAAGAGUCAAGGUCUUCCCAUGGUUUGUUCAUUCAAUUUGGUUGGUUUUACAGAAAAUAUCACAUUACAUAGUUAAAUUAUUGUUUUGUGGUUAAAGAAAAUAAAGACUCAUAUUUCUGGUUUGGCUUAUGGAUACAAAGAUGUAUGCUGAAAGUGAAGUGAAACAGGCAGCCAUCUGAUUUCACAUUGUAAAACUAUUUAUUUUUAAUUCAAUAUCUUAGCAGGCUUGCAGUA